CCUGCAAAACAUAGUUUCUGUUUUCACUCCACUUGUUUGUUGUAUUCGCUCAAGUUUAUUACUUUCUGUUCCUCUAAGCUUCGAGAAGAUGAGCGAUCUGGACUUGAAUGACCACCACAGGAAGAACCUGUCCUCUUACCUUCGCUUCUGCAAGUACCAGAGAGCCCACAGACUGAGGUCCGUCGACGCUUGCUUUCAGGAUGUCAAGGAUACCAGAAUCGUGGAGGACACCUACACCGCGGACGAAAUGACCGAGAUCCUCGACUCCCUAGCUGACGUCGUGCGGGCGGAGGUCGAGGGCGAACUCAUCCACGACACUCACACCAAUUCCCUCCUCCUCUCCCAACUCUUCGGGCAGGCACAGAAGUGGCACUUGGACCUCCACGUGGAUACGUCCGACCUCGAGAACCAAGACCUCAUAGAGGAAGUCAGGAAGUUCGAGGAUCUGGAGCUGCAAGGGCGCGGAGUGGAGAUGCCCUCGCCCCAGAAGAAGACCUUGGCGCCCUUGAAUGACGGAGGGGCGCCCGUUGCCCUCCUCCAGAACCGUAUCCAGACGCUGACUGAAGAAAACAACGAACUCGCGGAGAAACUCAGGUCGUUGGACAACCAGCUAUCAGACGCAAUAAAAGCCAGGACAGAAUCCUUCCUCGCUCUGCAGUCUACCAAGGAGGAGUUAGCGAAGCUAAAGGAUAAUGUUUCCUCUAGGCCGACGGUGGACGACGUUUCGGAGCUUUCAGACGAGGUGGAGAAGAUGCGCCUCGAGAUGACCUCCCAGAGCCAGAUGCACGAGGAUACCCAUGAGCAGCUGAGCAAGGACCUCACCUCCUACAAGAACAGCCUCAUGCAGGUCAAGUCGCAGCUUAUGUUGGCUGAGAAAGAACUAGAGAAGAAGUUUUCGCAGACCGGUGCCUACCAGAACAUGAAGAAGAUGCUGAACAAGAAAAACGAGCAGAUUAAGCAGAUGAGGCAGAAACUGGACAAGUACGAGCCAGACACUGAGGAAUUGGUCGAGGAAUAAUUCGAGGAAAAGGGAGAGGAGUAAUAAAUAAGAUAACGAGCUUAAGCAUCAUAUUAUUUAGUUAAUAACUGUGCGACAAUACUGCCCCAUCUUAUAAGGUUGUUCUCCGUUUUCUCUUCUCUCUUGCUAGUAGGCCAAUAAAUGUGCGUAAACUUACUUGCAUAGUAUUCUUGUACUUUUAAGCAUAAGUACAUAAUAGAGCUUUGCCGAUCUCUAUAUAUGUACCCAUUUAUUUAAUCUAUUUAACGUGUUAAAUAUCUUUGUCUCUAGUGUAAAUUUCCUUAGAGAAUUUUACUUUCAUAUUCA